AGCAGGCAACAGGUGAGCUCGUCAGCUCUCUCUCACUUGACACAUCGCUGGGCUACAAGCAGGGGAAAAAAAAAGCAGAGCUCUCUCUUUGGGGAAAAAAACACUCAUCGCAGUGACUGUGGAGGAUAAGGAUUUAUCGUAACACCUCCCUGUGAAACCCAACUUUCAGGGACAGCCAAGAUGUUUAAAAAGAAAUCCAAGAAUAUAACUCCCCCCAAAACCAAAAAGGUGUCCUCGAAGCUCACACAGCUGAUUGAACGACUGCAGAAGAAUGCAGAUAAUGUGGAGAAGAAUAUCUACAAGGUUGAGGAAUGUCUGCUUCAAGAUGUCAGGCGGAUAGAGGAAGGGAAGGACUUCAUAUUCCGUGAGGAAACUACCAAGUUAAUGGAUGAUUCAGAUACAAUACUAGCGGACCUUCAGGGUGAUGCACAAACAGCGGUUGCUGAGAAACAUCCACAGUCUGACAUGAUUGUUGAAGAUAUCAAGCAGUUGAAAGAAAGAAUAAAUAAGCUGCGAGGCGAACAUAAUAAGGUCUACAACCUCACCCGAACAGAUGGAAUUCCUACUAUUAACUGGGUCAAAAUGAUCGAGGAGAAACAAGCAGAACUGAACAACCAAGGCUUUGGCAAUGAGCUGCCAUUUGUCGAUCAGCAAUUGGAACACCACAAGCUCUUCACUAAAGAGGUUGAAACAAUUGGGGAUCAUAUCAACAAGAAUGAAGACCAGGAAUAUAUCAGCAACAUCCAGCUGAAGUACAACAAACUAUUGAAAGGGUCGCAGCAGCGGCAGAAGGACUUGGGAAGCCUCCGUGACUACAUGCAGAAUUGCACCAAUGAGCUGUACUGGAUGGACACCCAGGAGGAAGACCGCAUACGUAAUGACUGGAGUGACCAGAACUUAGACUACAAAAGCCGCCACCGUCAGUAUGAGAGCUUUGUGAACCGACAUUUGGAGGCUAAGGAAGCUGCCAUUAACAAGCUUCAUGAUGAUGGUAACAAACUGUUACAGGCAAAUCACCCGGGAAGGAACGCGAUUGAGGCACACAUGGAAGCUGUACAUGCCGACUGGAAGGAAUACCUCAACCUGCUGAUCUGUGAGGAGAACCAUCUCAAAAAUAUGGACGACUACCACAAGUUUUACAAAGAUUCAAAGGAUAUGCAGGAUCUCCUCAAGAAAGUUGACGAUGAUCUGGAUCAUAAGUACAAUCCAGAAUUUAAGGAUGAAUUCCAGCUUCAAACCAUGCUCCGUGACCUCGAAGACCAGGACCGGGCUCUGGACAAGUACGAUGAUGCGGUGAAAACCCUGAAGAAACGCAGCCAGCAGGUGCUGCCUCUCAAAUAUCGCCGUGCAAACCCUGCCAAGCCCGUCCCAGUGGAAGCGCUUUGUGACUUUGACGCAGAAGAAACACAUAUCCAGCGAGGGGAGAGGUACACACUGAAUAAGAACAUCAAUGGAACUCACUGGGAGGUGUCUGAUACAGCCGGUCACAAGCAGAAGGCUCCCGCUGUUUGUUUUAUAAUCCCUCCGACUGAUCCUGAGGCAGUGGCAAUUGGAGACGACAUCAGCAAUCAGUACAAUAGCGUCAAGCAGAAGAGCAGCACCACCAAGAAUGUGCUCCAGAAACACUACAAUGAGAUGAAGCAACCUAACAAGCCAGCGGUGAAGAUCCCCCAGGUGCCCGUGUCAAAUUCCCAAGAUACCCUAUGCCUGAAACUGCUGUCAGACUUGGAUAAAAUUCAGAACAGUGUGACCAAACAGGAGAAGGCAAUUCAGUCCUGUACACGGCCGCCACUGGAGCACAAAAAGCCUAUCCAGGACAGCAAAGAGCGCAUUCAGGACCUAAAGAACAUCAGUGGUUCCAUCAGCCAAAUUGAAAUAGCAAAGAUGUCGAAGGAAAGAGAAUGCCAGGGUUUUCUUUCACAGUACCCACAAGUCGCUGGUGCACCUCAGCUUCGCACCAAACUGGACGACACAAACAACAAGUUUGACCAGGUCAGCCUCCUGCUCAACUGCUCUGAGGAGAAGGCUCAGGCUGCUAACAAGUUGGAGAACACCCUCCAGAAAGCCAGAAACACUUUGUCAGAAUAUGAAAACAAAUUGCUAAAGGAUCAGACUGUUCCGGAUAGUACCUGGGGACUGGAUACCAAGAAGCAGGAGCUUGAAGCCAUGCGCUCAGAGCUCAAAUCCAAGAAACCAAUUCUACAGGAGGCUGAGCAGAAUUUGAAUACUGUGAAGAGAACCUGCAAUGUGCUGACUGACAAUUUUCAGGAGCAUUGCCCAGAUGUCGAGCGACAGGCUGCCGAGGUCAAGAAGCUCAACCAACGCUAUGACAACCUCAACAAGCAACUGGACAUCCGGUCUGAAAGUCUACAGAAGGCCAAGAACGCAUACACGGAUUUCCGGAGUGGCAGUGAUGCUUUAGACAGCUGGCUCUCCAAUGUACCUAACUACGAACCUCGGGAAACGGAUAGUGCUAAAACUAUUGACAAUAAACUGAAGAAUCAAAUGCGUGUUUUAACGGAUAUUACCAACAAGGAGCCCGAACUUGCAAAAGUAUCCAAUAAUGCACAGCAAUAUCAACAGGCAGCUAAGGAUUACGAACUUGAGGCUGAGAUGUUUAAAUCACUGAUCAACCCAGAUGAUGCACAAGUGACCUCCAAAAAACCAAAAUUCACAUCACCAGCUAACAAGAUUAAAGACGAGGAAACUGCCUUAGCCACCAAAUUUAUAGCAGUGAAAUCUGUGAACGAUCAACGCAUGCGGAACUUAGAGUUUGCACAAGGCUUGUUGAAACAGCAACCAGAAAUGGAACAGGUCCAGCAACAGGUUCAAUCAAGAAACUAUGCUGCGGCGCCUAAUGAUUCCUUCAGGCAUGAUAAGCAAUUGAAAGAUGAGAUGCAACGCAGGCAAGAAAUGGAGAAUGAAGUUAAGAAAGUACAGCAAGAAAUUGCAGCCCUGGAAGGUCAAAAGCUCAAGGGGUCAUUGGUCAAGAAAGAGGUCGUCAAAAAGAUUGCUGACCCGCAGCUAGAUGAGGAGAUGCAUAGGGUUGAGGUGGCAUUAGCAGAUGAACAGUUGCAAAGCAAAUCCUUAGACAAUGAGCUGGAGGUCUUGCGCCGUAAGCUACUUUCUCUGGAGCAAGGAAAGAAAGACCCUGCCAAGCAAUACGUGGUCAAGGAGGUUCUUCGAAUUGAGCAAGACAAGGAUCAGGAAAAUGAGAUACUGAGACUGAAGGAAGAGCUUGAAGGGAUCAAAAGGCAAAAGGCGACAAAGCAAAGUGAAAUUUUGCUGCUUCAGAAACGUCUCCACGUUUUGACCGAAGAGAAAAGCAAGGAGCAUGAAAAGAUCACAGAAAAGGAGGUGUUCAAAGUAAAAAAUGAUCCACGGUUAGAGACAGAGUUUAAACACCUCCAGGAUAACAAGCAACAUGAAAACCUCUUACGGCAGCAGAAAGAGGAGGAGUUAAGUGUGCUUCAGGAAAAGCUGCUGCGACUGGAAACGGAAAAAGCCAAGGAGGAGGAGAAAGUGACAGUGAAGGAAGUGCUGAAGAUGGAGAAAGAUGUGAAUUUGGAGAGAGAGGUUAAUAAUCUUCGACUCCAACAUGAAGAUGAAAUGGCCAAAAAACGUUCCCAUGAUCGAGAGAUUACUGAUCUUGUGAAAAGGAUCAAGAUUCUUGAAGAAGAAAAGGCAAAACCUGUUGUUCAAGAGAAGGUGCGCGAGAUUGUCCGACCUGAUCCGAAUGCUGAAACUCAGGUGGCUAACCUGAGGACCGAUCUGAUUGAGCAGCAGAGAAGAUACAAAGAUGCUGAACAGCAGCUGAAGAGUAUCCAUGAUGAAAUCACACAUUUAAAAGACAAAGGUCCAGAAGUUGAGAUAAAGGACAACAUAAAAGAAGUCACAAAGUACAAACCAGAUCCUGAAACUGAGCAGGAAUUGGAGAGACUAAGAGACGAGGUAGUGGACAAAUCACGACAAGUGGAAAGAGCUGAGGUAGAAAUAAGUCAGUUAGAAAAAGAGAUUGUGAUGUUGAAGAAUAGUAAACCUCAAGUUCAAACAAAGGAAGUUGUCAAUGAGGUCCUUCAGUACCGUGAAAAUCCAAAGACCAAAGAGGAAGUGACAUUCCUUAAGGCCAAACUAACAGAAGAACAGAAAAAACAACUGGAGCAAGAGAGAGAAAGAACAUUACAUGAGGAAAACAUCCAGCUGAAGAAGAAAGAUCUGGCAGAAGUAAGAGAGAAAGUGGUGCACCAAGAGGUGGUGAAGGUAGAACAAGAUCCAGCCUUAAAGGCAGAAUGUGGUACAUUGGCAAGCGAAAUUGAGCAGGAAAGGAGGCAGAAGGAAAAUUUGAAAGCCCAGAUCCAUACGUUGCAACUUCGAAAAUCUGACUUGGAGGAACAGCUGCAAGAGCUUGAGGCAGAGAGGCAGUCUCGGCGAAAUGCUGAGCUGGAGGUCAAGAGAUUAAGAAUAAAGCUCACUGACCUUGAGAAGAAAGAGAAGGAGGUCCGAGAUAAAGUGACAGUAAAGCAAAAGGUGGUUCUGCAGCAAGAUCCUAUGCAAGAGAAAGAAGUUUCGCUGCUCAAAUUGCAUGUGGAAGAUGAAAAAAUAAAUCGAAAUGCACUUGAAAAUAACCUCCAGGCCCUAAAACUUAGACAGAUAGAACUUGAAACAACGAAAGUCAAAGAAAAAAAUAUUGUUACAGAGAAAGUCCAAGUAGAGAGAGACCCUGAGACAGAGUUGGAAGUUGAACGCCUUCGGAAAAAUUUGGAGGAAGAGGGAAAACUGAAGCAUGAGCUGCAGAAUGAACUUGACCACCUGAACGCUAAACUGUCAGACUCUGAAUUCAAGGACACAAGGGGUCAGAAGGACUUGGAGCAUUUGAGAGAGGAGAAUAACAAACUACAGAGGGAAAACCAAAAUCUGGUAAAUGAAUGCAGACGACUGCAAUCUGACAUCCAGGUAACCAUUCAACAAACCCAAGAAGUCAAAUCAGAAAAGUCAAUGUCACCUGCUGGUAACUCAGGCAUUAUGGAGUCACAGUUAGCAUCCCUACAAAGGGAGUUGGAUGAUCUAAAACGGACAACAACAUCCAAGGAUAAUGAAAUUUCAAAAUUGGAGAAGCAAUUAGCGGCAAUGAAAACAAAGAGAGAACAGCGGGAGAACAGUUUAAAGCGUCACAUCGUAGUAAUAGAUCCAGAUACUGGCAAAGAAAUGUCCCCACAAGAGGCCUAUAGGCUUGGCCUCAUCGACUGGAACAUGUUUAUCAAUCUUCAAAGUCAGGAAUGUGACUGGGAGGAGAUAACAGUGAAAGGUCCUUCUGGAACUUCCUCAGUUCUCCAUGACAGAAAAUCUGGGGAGAAGUAUUCCAUUGAUAAGGCUUUACAGAAGGGAAAGAUUACCGACAAACAGUUUAAACAGUACAUCAAUAAGGAAAUUCCCAUCCAUGAAUUUGCAGUCCUGGUGUCAGGAAAAUCUGAAGAGACACAUUCGCCAUCUCCAGCAGUGUUCAACAACAUCAGUAAAGCAGAUAAUUAUCAUCCAAAUACUUCCACCAGCUCUAGCCAACAACAUUCCUUCUCUUCGACUGAACCAAAACAGCAGCCAAUUGGAGGUAUAUUUGACGUAGACACAGAUCGGAAAAUGUCCAUCACCAAUGCAGCUAACCGAAAUCUCAUUGACACAGACACCACUCUGAGGCUUCUCGAAGCCCAAGCUGCAACUGGGGGAAUUAUCUACCUGGAUGAUGGCAGUAAAUAUGAUGUGAAGAAGGCUGCAGAGCUUGGCCUGAUCGAUGGUGCACUUGUACAGAAGCUAUCCAAUGCCGAGGGCGCUUACAAAGGUAUUGAGGAUCCUAAAACCAAGAAACUGCUUUCAGCUGCGAAGGCAGCAGAACGUGGCUGGCUUUACCCCGAGGCUGCAGAGCGGUAUUUGGAAGCACAAUACCUAACCGGAGGUCUGAUUGAUCCUGAAACAUCUGAGAAAACUUCACUAACAAGAGCAAAAUCAUCUGGUCUAAUAGAUGAAAGUAUGGCCCAAAAACUCAAAGAUGAGAGCUCUUAUCCUAAAGAUCUGGUGGAUCCGAUUAGCAAACAUCACAUUAACUACAAGGAAGCUUUGGAUAUAUCCAUUGUUGACCAGCAAACUGGGCUGCCGCUGCUACCUGUCUCCUCCAGGUCUUCCUAAUCCCUUUUCCUUCAAGCAAAGGCCAGAGCACAAUCAACUACAGCUAUCAACAUAUGGACCCACUCGAAAACAGAAGAACACUGCAUUGGAACUAUUGGAUGAAACAAGUUGAAUUUAUUUGGGUUGGGGGCAAGCUACCUGAAUUUAUGCCAAUGUUAAUGUAAGCAGCUAUUACUACUAUUUCAAUUUUUUUUCCAGAAGCUUUUAUAUCGUAAAGGACAUUUCUUUCUAAUUUUUUGCUGUAGGUGUAUUAAAUGCAGCUAACGUAUGUAAAAAGAAGAAAUUAAAUUGGCCCAUGUCACAGUUGAACCUUGUUGGCAAAUAUUACACACAAGUUGGUCCCUGUUCUGCGCAUGCAUUUGCUGGUGUGAAGUCCCUAUCCACCCCACCUAAUGCUUGGAAGGAGUUUCUUCAGUUUUCAUUGCUGGGGUGGGCUUCUAAUCGCUUGUGUACGAGCUGCACUGCCCUAGCCAGGCCUGACUGGAUCCAGCCUUGUGGUUCCCCCAAGGAGCAAUGGAGCUGAAGAAAUGAUUCAUCUACAGUUUUCAGCUCCCAAAGGAGUCACUUAGCUUUCAGGCAGGGUUAUUGGUCUCAUCCAGUCUGAAGGUCAGUUACUAUAGUCUGGUAAAGCAUCAGGGCCUUUCGGAAGACCUUCAUGGGUGUGAGCUCCACCGAGGCUUUUCAAGGCUGGGAAGAGAAUUCGUUGAGGAAACCAUUGAUAUAACGGGGACCAGGCAGAAGAUUUACCCGUGGUGCUACCCCCAGUGGAAUUUCAAAAGCCAGGGCAGAAUUUCAUCAGAGGCAGAUUCCACCCUAAACUCCGACUCCCCACUCGGCCGAUAUCAAGUUUUUCCAUUUUCUGCUCCAGGACUUUUGAGGCCUUUAACUUUUGCGCUAAGCUUAUUAAGAAAGUUAAAGCAAAUCUAGAAAAGAGAUUUUAUGACAUGAUGCUCCACCCCAGAAAACCCUUUUACACAAUAUGUUGUAUUGGACACCGAAGAGAAACAAACACCGCUUUUCGUUUCCAAAAGAGGUUUGUUUUUGCCCACAAGAAAUUAAAGAAUUUAACAAUGAUGAGCCGAGUCUGCAAGACCCAAAAACCAAAUGGGGAACAAAAAAACUUGAGCAAAUUUAUUCAUUCUGUUUUAGGAAUCAAAGAUGCUUUCAUAUGGGAGAAUGCAGCAGAACAAGAAUAUAUGAAUAAGUGAGUUUGAUUGGAAGGCCUCAAACCUGAAUUUCAUUUUCCAAGGGAUGAAAUAUUGUGGUCUAACUCUGCUUUAAAAAUAACCCCAUCACAGAGAAUGGAAGUGACAAGCAAUUUUUGUAGUCCUUUUUGUAAGAACAACAUUUCGGUGUACUAUAACUUGCAUUUAUGGUAUCUUUUCUUUCAGGGAAUAGAAUAAUUGAAAGGGAUCUGUUUAUUUAUAUUAGAGAAAUUAAAAAAAAAAUCUGUUCUA